GUAUUAGUCACCGCGGCCAUUUUGGAUGCGGGUACGGAGAGAACGCGGACUGGAGAUACCGGGGGCGUUGUCUUGGGCACGACUGCGUAGGGGCAAAGGUCGAGUACCCGCGCCGCCGCCAUUUUUUAUGAGGGCAUAUUCCAUUUCUGCUUAUACACCCGCUGCCAUCGGCACCGUUAGUUUCCAUGCCCUCUAGUGCGCCCUCGGGGGCCCUAGUAACCUCCCUCCUUCCCUUGGGCCCGGGCCAGGGAGGCUUUCUCGGGCGCAGGAGGUUCCGCAGGCCCAGGCCAGGCCAGGGAAGGCAGCCGAUCCGUCGUCGGGGUUGACAGUCACCAUGGCGCCGCCUCUGGCCCCGCUCCCUCCCCGGGACCCAAACGGGGCCGGACCCGAGUGGAGGGAGCCGGGGGCUGUGAGCUUCGCGGACGUGGCCGUGUACUUCUGCCGGGAGGAGUGGGGCUGCUUGCGGCCAGCGCAGAGGGCCCUGUACCGGGACGUGAUGCGGGAGACCUACGGCCACCUGAGCGCUCUCGGAAUCGGAGGCAACAAGCCAGCUCUCAUCUCCUGGGUGGAGGAGGAGGCCGAACUGUGGGGUCCGGCUGCCCAGGAUCCGGAGGUGGCGAAAUGUCAGACACAAACGGACCCAGAUUUCAGAAACAAGAAAAAGGAAAGACAAAGGGAAGGGACGGGAGCCCUGGAGAAGCCCGACCCUGUGGCCGCCGGGUCUCCUGGGCUGAAGUCUCCCCAAGCCCCCUCGGCCGGGCCCCCUUAUGGUUGGGAGCAGCUGUCCAAGGCACCGCACCGGGGACGCCCCUCCUUCUGUGCCCACCCCCCUGUCCCCAGAGCAGACCAGCGUCACGGCUGCUACGUGUGCGGGAAGAGCUUCGCCUGGCGCUCCACACUGGUGGAGCACGUCUACAGUCACACUGGCGAGAAGCCCUUCCACUGCACUGACUGCGGCAAGGGCUUCGGCCACGCUUCCUCCCUGAGCAAACACCGGGCCAUCCAUCGUGGGGAGCGGCCCCACCGCUGUCCGGAGUGUGGCCGGGCCUUCACGCAGCGCUCGGCGCUGACUUCGCACCUGCGCGUCCACACCGGCGAGAAACCCUAUGGCUGCGCCGACUGUGGCCGCCGCUUCAGCCAGAGCUCUGCCCUCUACCAGCACCGGCGCGUGCACAGCGGCGAGACCCCCUUCCCCUGCCCGGACUGCGGCCGCGCCUUCGCCUACCCCUCGGACCUGCGGCGCCACGUGCGCACCCACACCGGCGAGAAGCCCUACCCGUGCCCGGACUGCGGGCGCUGCUUCCGCCAGAGCUCGGAGAUGGCAGCCCACAGGCGCACCCACAGCGGCGAGAAGCCCUACCCCUGCCCGCAGUGCGGCCGCCGCUUCGGCCAGAAGUCAGCCGUGGCCAAACACCAGUGGGUUCAUCGGCCCGGGGCCGGGGGCCACAGGGGCCGGGUCGCCGGGCGUCUGUCUGUGACCCUGACCCCUGGCCACGGAGACCUGGACCCGCCCGUGGGCUUCCAGCUGUACCCGGAGAUAUUCCAGGAGUGUGGGUGACGGCCUUAAAAGUGACUAUCUAGACAUUACGGGAGGCCCGAGAUGGGCUCAGGGGCCCGAACUUCUGCGGCGGCCUGCAGGGAGGUCCCAGAAUCUACGGCAAGAGCUGGCCCUGGGGUGCAGACAGUCUGAUCUUGGGCCCUUAGCAGCCUCCUCUGCCAGCACCUUGCUCCCCACUGCCCAGGGCUCUCCAAGGCCCCCUCUACUGAGGCAGGGCUGAGUUGAGAACGCCCAGACCUACAUAAGGGGAACCAAAAGCUGUUUCUCAGCCCAGAGGUGCUAAGAGGACUGAGGUAGAGGAGAACCUUGUUUUACCCAUUGUCUUUUUAAAUUUUUUAUCAUUAUUUUUAUUCUUGUGACCCUCCCAGAACACAAUACUCAUUGUCUUUUUAUUUAUUAUUUAUUUAUUUAUUUAUUUAUUUCUGAGACAGCUUCCUGCUCUGUCACCCAGGCUGGAGUGCAGUGGUGUGAACAGGGCUAACUGCAGCCUCAACCUGCAGUGCUCAAGGAAUCCUCUCCCAUCAGCCUUCCAAAUAUCUGAGACUACAGGCGGGCAGCACUAUGGCCAGCUAAUUUUUAAAUUUUACGUAGAGAUGAGGUUCUCACUGUUGUCCAGGCUGGUCUCAAACUCCUUGGCUGAAGCGAUCCUGUCGUCUCGGCUUCCGCAAGUGCUGGGAUUACAGGCGUGAGCUACCACCAUGCCUGGCUUCCAUUGUCUUUGUGUGUGUGUGUGUGUGUGUGUGUGAUGGGGUUUUGCUCUUGUUGCCCAGGCUGGAGUGCAAUAGCGCAAUCUCAGCUCACUGCAACCUCUGCCUCCAGAGUUCAAGCAAUUCUCCUUCCUCAGCCUCCCAAGUAGCUGGGACUACAGGCACCCACCACCUCCAUUGUCUUUUUACUGCCCAAGUUAAAAUCCUGUGACUGUGUACUGGAUCUGGCCUGCGGUUGUCAUAUUUAUUGAUCUGAGUCCAGGCAGUGUUUUUAAGUGAUAUGAGUUAGUAGUGAAAAUUGAAAAGGAUAUUUUGCAACCAAAUACAGGUUUUCUGGUGUCUUUUGAAAAAUCCAAAGAUUUGGCAACUCGACCUAGGCUCCGACAAAACCACAGUUGUUGGGAGCUGAGCCAGAGCCAGAACUCACAAUUCACCGUGGCCCGGCCACCCAUCCCCACCACUCCCGUGGGCUCCUGACCAAGCACCACGUGCCAUUCAUCAUGGCUUGCUUUUAGUGUUUUUGGUGUUUAUCUUAAAGUACAGCGAAGAAGAAAGGGAAGUAUUUCUUAGACCCACGUCUCUGUCCAAACAGGCCUUUCCAUCUGGCAUUUCCCGCUCAUUUAUAUGACUUGCUGAGUUCCUAUGGUCAUUUGAGUUUGCAAACAGUGGUCUGUAGCACUCAGGUUUUCUGGAGUUGGAGAGAAAGGGUGGCAAGAGAGAAGUAAAAGUUGGUUUUAUUUUA